AUGGCUAUGUUAAGACUGAUACAAAAUAUCGGUUUACUAUUUGUCAUCACAACAGCUUUUGUUACUGGUUCUGAUAUAUUCAUUACGCGAGUACCGCGCACGACAAAAACAAAAACAGAAAAAGUCAAUAUAUCGAACCACAUACUACCAGAACAUUAUGAUAUAAUAUUAAUAAUAAAAAAUGGAACGACAACUUAUUCUGGCGAAAUAAACGCCACUAUUUUUAUCGAACGUUCAACACAUGAAAUACAAAUGCACAUGGAUUCAACAGUAAAUAUAAAAGAGAUACGAUUGUACGAGCAAGAUGAGAAAUAUAAGUAUAAAAAAGGUUUCUCUUCGUAUGACCCUGAGUCGCAAAUCGUUUCCAUUGACAUCGGUCGUAGAAUACCAAUUGGAAAAUACAAUCUUCAAAUAUCAUUUGAAACUGUUAUAAAGAAUAACACAGAAAGCAUCCUUACAAAAAAGAGUUUUUCUUUCUACAAUAAUCCACAAAUAAAAGAAUGGUUAAUUGCAACAAAUUUCUACUCGUUUGGAGCUCGACAAAUGUUUCCGUGUUGGGAUGAGCCACAAUUUAUAGCCACGUUUAAUCUUUCUAUAGAACAUGAUAAGGGGUAUAUGGCUCUGUCGCAUGGAAAGGGAAAAAGAGAGUUUACUAAGUACAAUACAUGUAUUACAAAGUUUGUGACUACUCUUCGAAUGUCCACUCACUUCUUAGCGUUUGCAUUGAUCAGUUAUCCGACUUUUCAUUACAUUCCGGGAACUAUUUUGAAACAAGAUAAUCAAUAUCUACAGCUUUAUACACAAUUUGCGCAAAUCGCUAUUGGUAGGAUUACAAUGCAUAUGGAAUACGAAUGGGGGAAUUUGAAGAAUUUUCCAGAUGUACAUCAUGUCGCAAUAUCAGAUUAUCGAAUUACUGAGAUGUCGCAUUGGAGACUCAUUUUUUAUAAAGAAACAGAUAUUAUUUAUGAUUUAAAGUUACAUCGUUCUAUGCGCAUUAUAGAGAUAGCGCGCUUAAUAGCACGUCAAGUGGCGUAUCAAUGGUUUGCUGUUCCUAGCUCAUCUUCGUGGCCUUACCGAUGGUUAAACGAAGGUCUUGCUUUAUUAUUUGGAAUAGAAGCUAUCGACAAGGUUUUUCCAGAAUUAGAUUUCCACAUGAACUUGUUUGUAGUUCAGAAUCAAUAUGAAAGUCUUCGUUUAAACUCUAUUCUUGAGAAAUAUCCUUUCAAACCGCCAUUUAACAACUCCAAUAAUGGACAUUAUAAUCCUUAUUCUAAAAUAACCUUUAUAAUGCGUAUGUUGCAACAUAUAAUGACUACUGACUUAUUUCGAGAAGGUGUCAAAAAUUACUUAAAAAAAACUGAUUCUAUCUCGAGAACUCUAGAUGAUUUCUUGCAAACUUUGCAAGAUACUCUAGAUGUAUCAACUUUGAAUAAUAAAGUUAACAUCAAAUACUUGAUCAAGUGCUGGAUAAGUCAAACUCAUUAUCCUGAAAUAAAGAUCAUAAAAAAAAAAGAUAAUAUUUUGAUAGAAAUGAUACAAGAGUCGUAUGAUCUGAAUGACAAUGGUUAUAUACCUUUAACUAUUACUGGUCAAUCAAAUCCAAAUUUUAACUUAACCUCAUAUUCCCAUAUCUAUUGGAUAAAAUAUGAUAAUUAUCAAAGUAUUUACGAUGAUAGAAACUGUCUAUACUAUCCUGAAAAAGGUUGGAUAAUAGUUAAUUUGCAGCAAGCUGGAUACUAUCGUGUCAAUUACGAUAACGAGAAUUGGAGAAAAAUUAUAUCUUUUCUACAAAACGAUAAUUUUCAGCAGAUACAUGUUCUUAAUCGUGCCAAACUACUCGAUGAUGCGUUUUAUUUUAUGAUGCAUCACACUCUAGAUUCAUCUAUAUUUUGGAAUCUUACGAACUACUUGUAUCGAGACACAGAUUACGUAGCAUGGUAUCCUAUGUUUAAAGCUAUGGAAAAUUUAUCACAGAAAUUGAUCCCAUUUCCAAAAAACAUCGCCUCUAUCAUGAUAAAAUUAAGAGUGGUAUUGCGCAUGCAUUUAAACAUUAUAAAAUACGAAGAAAGUCCUGACGACAGUAUUCUUCUUAAACUUUUAAGACAAGAAUCUGCGAGAUGGGCAUGUGUUCUUAAUGAUGGCGAAUGCUUGAGAACUGCCGCUAAUUACUUGAAAUCUCAUCUUCUUUAUAAAAAGCCUCUUCUACCGUGGUGGAAAGAGUGGGCAUAUUGUAACGGUCUGCAGCCUGAUAUAUGGAAUAUGAUAAAAGAGAAAAAAGAAGAACUUAAUGUCACGAUUAUUGAAUUCAAACCUGAAUGUUUGAGAGAUUCUAAUAUUAUUAUUGAUUAUUUAAUCAGUUUAUCUGAAGAAGAGAAAAUUCAACAUGUCCCUCGAACUGUUGAUUUUGAAAAAUUCUUGAAAAUUAAUCCUAAUUACGUAAAUAACGAAAGCUUUUUACUAUAUCUUGAACAUUGUUUAUUGAUAUUUCAAGAGAUAAUGCCAACGUAA